CGGUCAAACGGAACCGGUCGGUGGGUCCCUCCCGCUUGCUGUUCACUGCAGGUGCGAGCAGUGCCGAGCGUCCCGAAGCGCUCGCGUGAGCCUGAGCUGCCGCGUUCCCGACGGCGGGUGCAGAAAAUGCGACCCGAAACCAAAAAAGCCGUUGCUACCGCACCGUUGUUCUGUUUUGGUUCUCUGCCCGGCAAGCCACACGGCACGCGCGACACACCGUACUGGCCAUCCGGAAGGCUUCCAGACGACGCACGGACACACACACGUCGCGUACGGCAUACGGAACGGGGCGACUUUUUUAUUUCGUCGGUGCUGCGGUGUUAAAACGUACCGUGCCGGUCACCUGCAAGGAAGGAAAAACUAACAAAGUCAUACACAGAGAGCGCGUGAGCGGUUUUGUAUUUUUCGACCACGGAAUACGCGGUUCAAGCAAGGCAAAAGCACACACGGAAAGACGUAAGCUAAUUGAAAGAAACGGAAGAACAAAAAAACAUACGCAAAGCAAUGGCCGCGAUCGUCUCUAGCAAUCGAAAGCAAACGAACAGCUUCGAUACGUGAAUGCGUCGGCAAUGGGCCGCCGUCAGACGGUGGUAAAGAUGUGAUAAGCGCUUGGUGCGAUCGUUUAAGCGCACGGGCAACGAACAGUAAAUAAUUCGGUGAGAUCGAUCGAAAAAACAAAACAUUGAAAAACGAAAAACAGAAAAACAAAAACAAAAAAACAGUGCGUUACAAACAAACAAACAAACAAAAAACACAAGGUGCGGUGACAAGAGUAGGUGAUUCGCGCAUAUGAGACACCCGCGUUUGCCGCAAAGUGUCGUUACGGCUUGUGCGUGUGCGUGAGUGCUGAGUUUGUUGUGCCAUAAUCCAGUCCGGCUAACGAUAGCGAACAGCCCCGGUGGGGAAGAAGGCGUUCCGCCAAGUCCUAGCGAUCUGUGAUACCCGAGCUGCGCGUAGUGCGAACGCAGUCUAAGUGUUGCGGAAGGCGAAGGUGGCUAAGUGUGGCCCGCCAACCGUUCGGAAGUUAAGUUCGACGAGCAAAGAGCAGAAGCGGCGUUUCGUUAAGCACCUGCGUCGAAGGGGAAACGUUGGUGCCUUGUGCUCGUGUUCAAUUCCCACACCAACUGGAUCAUCAAGCGUGUGUAUAUGUGUGUGUGUAUGAGUGAUCAGUGUAUGAGAUAGGGUAGGGUGUAACGGAAAAGGAGUAUUCGACAACCAAUCAAACCGUCAUCGCCUGCAGUUGUUGCUGAUCGUAUGCGGAAAUAAUAGAGUGUAUGUGUGAAGGUGUCGCAAGGACCUUUUUGUACGGGGACGUAAAACCAUUCUGUGAAGAUUUGGCCCACACAGACACACAUAUCACCUGUAAAGGAUCUUUGUGAGGUUAGGGUGGAAUUUAUCGAGCUGCCCCCUACGACUCAUCGGUGGCACGUACCGGAGAAUGGAAGCAACCCAUCAAACGUACACGAUCGUCGCUAGACCGCUCCAUCACUGUGCCCGGUUCUUCACCAUCGGUGGCGCCCUUACCCUGGUGAUGUGAGCGUUACGCGUUACGAUUCCACGCCACAACCAGCCCAACCGGCCGAUAUUCUUCCUUCCCCGCCUGCCCACCCCAGCGACCCACUCUCCCCUCUCCCCAUACUGUGCGUGGCCAGAGGGUUCCGAGAUCGGCUUCGGGUUUGCGAUUGGCCGCGAGCGAUGGGACGGCACCCGGCCGCCGCCAGCCACCGGUAACGGACACCGAGCGCUCGGUUUUUUAACCAGCCAGCAAACACCCGGUCCAUCCUUCAUCGCACCAUUCGACACCGUCCACCAUACCGUAACGCGCGACACACUGGAGCGCGCAGCACGGUAACAAUAAGCAAACUACUACUACUACUACUACUACCGGAACGUCUUUAGUCUGCCGCACUGUAGCCGCCAUCUUUGUGUAGUUAAUACGUGCCCGGCAGCAGGUGCCGCUAGAACCGCUGGACCACGCAACCGAUUUGUGAUUACUGUGCUGUUUUACAACUACUCUUGAGAGAGACAGAAAAAGAGAGAAAGAGAGGGGGCAAAUGAGAGAGAAUAAGCUACAAAAAGAAAAGGAGAAAUAGAGAAACAAAACGUCAAAACGUCAAAACGUCAAAACGUCAAAGCGUCAAAACGUCAAAACGUCAAAACGUCAAAAGCGAGAAGAAAAAGGGGAAGGAAGAGAAGUAGUAGCGCAGUGUCUACUAUAACUAAUCAACUACUAAUUGCUACAGUUACUACUUAUUGCUACUAUCGGCGUACUACUUCAAUAUUUGAUAACUACCACCACAAAGCAAAGGAACCAGCAAAAAAAAACACAAACCAAAACCCGAACGGAACAAUACGGAAAUCCAAAGAUUAGAAAUUACUACGCAGUAAGGCUUUAGCGCAGUUAUACAUAUACAUAUAUAUAUAUGCGGCGAACGGUGCGCUGCUAGAGCGAGCCGCGAAGCUUUGGCGCACUCGGAAUACUACUGCUACUACCUUUUUU